AUGCGACUCACAACUCUCGCUGUCUCGUUGUGUUACAUGGGCUUCAGUCAUGGAGAUUCGGUAAUGGAAGCGCAAGACAUCGUGCAUGGCCAAUUCAGGCUUAAUUCAGCACGUUCUGGCAAUGGGUACCGCCCUUUGAUCUGGGACUCUACCCUUGCCUCCAGAGCGCAAGACUAUGCCGUCCAAUUGGGCUGUGACGCCUCGGCACCUGAUAAUUUAAAAAGGACUGUUGUAUACACAGAGCCCUCAGCCACAUGCGAGGGUCAACCACAAAGACGUACUUUCGAGUCUGCUGCGAACUUCUGGCUCAUUGCCAAAGACAGGCCCAAUCGUAAACAAAAGGACACAGACUACUACAGAGCAAUCAUGGAUCCUGAGGCAGAUCGAAUCGGAUGUGGUCGUUCUUAUGAUCAUAAAAAUCCAUGCGUUUUUCACACGGUUUGUAUGCUCUCUUCCCACGGAGAUUGUGUGCAGCUUGUGAAAGACGUGUAA